AUGGAUGAGCGAGGGAUCAAGGUGAAGCGGACAAGCAGCCUCUGGGAGACCGAGCCUAUGUAUGUCAAGGAUCAAGAUCUCUUCAUGAAUGGUGCUUGUGAGGUCGAGACCGAGCUCGAGCCGCUUGCUCUCCUUGACGCAUUGCAAGCCAUUGAGCGGGAGAUGGGGAGGGUCAAGGUAAUAGACAAAGGACCAAGAAACAUCGACCUAGAUAUCCUCCUCUACGGCGACGAGAAGGUGCAUAAUGAGAGGCUCAGUGUCCCGCACAUUGGCAUUCCUGAGAGGGAAUUUGUGCUGCGACCACUUGCAGAACUGGCACCAUCCAAGUCUAUAGAUCCUUCAAAGCCAUGGAGACUGGUCCAGGACUACCUGAACGAUCUUCCUCCUGCCGCGCCCCUUUCGUCUGUCACGCCUUUGCGGUCCUCAUCAUCAAACCUGACGCCUCUCGUGCACACAAGAAAAACGCAGAUUAUGGGCAUCUUGAAUCUGACACCAGACUCAUUCUCUGAUGGCGGCCUUCACGACCCUGCGAAUCUGACCAGUACCAUCUUGGACUAUGUGCAUAAGGGAGCCUCCAUCAUCGACAUUGGUGGGCAGUCUACCGCUCCCGGCACGGAGCAGGUAUCGUCCGAGGAGGAAGCAGCCCGUGUCCUCCCCACAAUCGAUCUCAUACGCUCCAUCCCCGAAGCACGCGAUAUCGUCAUCAGCGUCGAUACAUACCGAGCGUCGGUGGCAAGCCAGGCCAUCGACCGCGGCGCUGACAUCAUCAACGACGUUUCAGCCGGGCUUCUGGACCCCGACAUGCUGCCCACCGUAGCCCGUCUGGGUAAAUCGAUCUGCCUCAUGCACAUGCGCGGAACGCCACAGACAAUGUCCAAGCUCACCUCGUACCCCGAGGGCCUGAUCCCUACCGUGGCUUCGGAACUUCUCGCACGAGUAUCAGCCGCCGAGGCUGCAGGCAUCCGUCGGUGGCGCAUCAUCCUUGACCCGGGCAUCGGGUUCGCUAAGACCGAGGACCAGAACCUGGAGCUCCUGCGGAGCCUCGAGGAGCUCAGGCACUGGCCUGGCCUGCAAGGAUUCCCUUGGCUUGUGGGCUCCAGCCGCAAGCGAUUCGUGGGUCGAAUCACCGGAGUGGAGAGGCCGGCCGAACGAGUUUGGGGAACGGCGGCUACAGUAGCGGCGGCUGUGCAAGGUGGCGCCGACGUCGUGCGCGUACACGACGUCUCGGAAAUGGGGAUGGUUGCUAGGAUGUCAGACGCCAUCUGGAGGAUCUGA